UUUACAUGGCUUCUUGUUUUAUAUAAUGAAGAAAUGGUUAAAAACACAAAGCAAUUCUCUUGAUUACUCCUUAUCACCAUCACCAUACAUCCUCUCUCUAUCUCUCUCUUUCUCUCUCUCUCUCUCUCUCUCACACACACACACACAUACACACACACAAAUCCAAAGGCCAUCAAGCAAACUAGUUCUCUCCCCUCUUGUUCUUCAGCAACACCAUGACUGACCCUUACUCCUCAAAUCUCUACUCACAGUGGUUCAAACUGGAUCAAUUGACCAACAAUUCUUCUACAAACCAUCCUUAUCAUGUUCAGUCUAAUAGACCAUAUCAACACCCUCAAAGCUACUACUACAACAGUUUCCAGUCUUCUUCAUAUGUAAACAUUAGAACCAUCCAUAGCUUUAACUUGAAUCCAUCCACUUCUAUCGCUAAUCAAAAUCCAACUCCACCUCCUUCUCCACCUCUCAGAGAAGCUCUCCCUCUCUUGAGUUUGAGCCCAUCAAGAAAACAAGAAGAUUAUCAUCAUCAUCAUCAUCAACAACAACAACCACCACCUUCUUGCACUAGUACAAUUCAUCAACAUAUGGAUGUGGAUGGUGAUGAUAUGGAGGAUGAGGAUGAUGAAGAUGAACAAGAUGUGACUGUGGCACUUCACAUAGGGCUACCAAAGGCUAGUGCUGCUGAUCUUGCAUCUUUGAUCUCAAAUUCUUCUACUAGUAGUGAAAUAAUGGUUCCAAAUAUUAGUAACAGUAAAGAAGGGGAUGGAGAUGAAGGUAGUCUUGGGUAUAGUCCUAUCAGCAGACUCAACAAGGGUCAGUAUUGGAUACCAACACCCUCUCAGAUUCUUAUUGGUCCUACUCAGUUCUCUUGUCCUGUUUGCUUCAAGACCUUCAAUAGAUACAACAAUAUGCAGAUGCAUAUGUGGGGGCAUGGAUCUCAAUACAGAAAAGGCCCAGAAUCUCUAAGGGGAACUCAACCAACUGGCAUGCUAAAGCUACCAUGCUAUUGUUGUGCACCGGGGUGUCGCAAUAAUAUAGAUCACCCAAGAUCAAGACCACUCAAAGACUUCAGAACACUACAAACACAUUACAAAAGAAAGCAUGGAACCAAGCCUUUCAUGUGCAGAAAAUGUAGCAAGGCUUUUGCAGUUAGGGGUGAUUGGAGAACACAUGAAAAAAACUGUGGGAAGCUUUGGUAUUGCAUUUGUGGUUCGGAUUUUAAGCACAAAAGAUCACUUAAAGAUCACAUUAAAGCUUUUGGCCAUGGACAUGCUGCUUAUGGCAUCAACGGAUUCGAAGAAGAAGAUGAACCCGCAUCUGAAAUCGAGCAAGAUGAUGUGCUGAUCGUUUGAUCUUAGGUAAACGUAACCUGGCCAUCUAUUAAUCUUCAUAAUAACCAAGGAAUUGUUGUAGGAUCCCUUGUAAGUAAAUUCUCAAUAUUAAUUCAACAAAAAAUAUCCUUCAAUACCUUUGUAAAUUUCUUUUGAUGCAAACUUAUCUGUUUUCACUA